GUUGACAAGGAAAAUGUUCACAACUAUACAGAACAAGACUUACAGGAUGAAAAAAAUAAAAAUUAAAAAAAUAGCAUAGAUCUUGGAACGAUUGUGAGAAAUACGAAUCAAAUUGAAACUGAACAGCUUUAAAGAGUAUGCGCUGCCAGUACGUGGGUGGUGCGAACCUUUUUAAUAACGAAAAUUGGAAAGGAGGACAAAAACGCAUUACCUCAAUCAAGAAAGUCUUUUUUUUCACAAAUGCAGACCUUAGGGGGCUUUGUCGGCCAAAACUGCCAUUUUACAUGUUACAAAAUUAGAUCUCGAAAGUGUAAGCACUGACAAAAAGUGGGUUUCCUGUUGAUUGACUCCAGGCCAGUUGAAAAUCUGCGUGGUGUAUUCCACGCGCAAUUUGUGAAAUUUUAAUUAACAAAAAGCCCGCUUGGAGCGUACCACCGCCACAGGCGAGGCAUGGUUCAAUAUCUAUGGCCAGCCGCAGAGGGACCAGGCGAGAAAAUCGCAUCGCCCGGGCUAAAAAUCGAGAUUUGUGGUAGUGUCGAGUCGGUUUGAGCUAGUACUGAGUAGGUUUUAAGGUGCUGAUAGUACUUGUAGUGGAUAUAAGGGGCAUCAGCUGCUAUUCGUCGAAUAUAAAACAAUGCAUGCACUUCGUUAUUUCAAGCUCCUUAGAAGACUCACGAACCGGUGCUACGGCAAUCGAAAGCACUCAGUCUGCUUACCUGGCGACGACGGCAGACCUCACUUUCCCGCUUCAAGCCUGUGUGGUUACAGGAUGUUGCAUGCCUUAAAGAGGGCUACUAGUGGGCCGGUGUACCUCAUUAUAAAUUUUCUUCGAAAAACCAUAGAUAGAGAAACUACAUAUGGGAACGCGAAUGGAAGGUGUACGGCUACAUAAUGCGGUACAUUUGCUUAAUUACAUAUAAUUAGACACUAUACAGUACUUGUCGUAAUGUCUUACAAAUUCCUCUUUGUAUAAAUAACCUUUCAGCCUUGCUGCUUAUUACGCACUGAAUUCUGACUAUUUGAUAUACCGAGGUUUGUAUGCGCAGAUCGAGCUUAUCUUCAGCUGUGACUUAGCCGAGCGUAUGGAGACGGGUUUUUGGUUUGUUAGCGUAAAUAAGAAGACCACAUUUUCGCACAUGAUCGGGGUUGACUCUCACACUUUCCUAACGUCGAAUAAUAUGCCAAUUCUAUUUACUGUGUACGCGUUUCUCACUGCAAACGAACGUAUGUUCAUCUUGAUUGACUGGCUUGUAAAUCGAUCUGACCGACAUCAUAGAGGUGAGGUUUGUCAGGGAUACGAUGUCGAGUUUCUACACUUAAAUUGCGCUGUGUACGUGCUAUAUGAAGACGCUUCCGAAUCACAAACGUCUGCAUUGAUAAAAAGACGAACGUUUAAGCUUUAAUGGUAAAAGACAAAUAGGUUUCCCAAACAACACAUGAGUUACUGCAGGGCGCCGUAUGCUGAUGCAAGUCGGAAUCGACCUAUAUUUGGGUGUUACUAAGAUUCAAACUGCAAUGUCUGAUUGCUUCAUUAUGCAUGCUCUAUUACGAACAUCGAAAUAUAACGGAAGAGCUUCGAAAAAUUUGCGUAGGGCAACCUGUAGGGGACUUCGUACCCUGUUAUGGCAAUAUUGUUAUGGACCAUUUCGGGUCCUGCACACGAAGAGGAACGAAGCAAAAAUGGCGCGCUACAAUUGCCUUCAAAUUACUAAUUACAAUAGGCAAUGUUUCUAGCUUCAUUUUCAAGGAUAACAAAUGUAUAAGCCAAAUCUCGCCAUGCGACGCGCUGGAGAGCUUAAGUGAUCUUUUGUCCAUUGACCUGUUAAAUCCGACCACAAUUUGUCUACGCGCUUUGUCGGAAAAAGACGAACUCCUUUGAAACUCUUACUACUUAUGUCUGAUGAUUGACGCGAGCGGCAACACAAAGUGCUGAGCUAUAAAAAAAAAAAAAGACGCGUGGUAUUACCCUGUAACUACAUUGUGUUACAGUAAUAUUUAAUUGGCUAACUGCUUGAGGACGCAGCUGCUUAUACCAGCAUUCUGCCUAGUCACGUGAUCGUAUGCACUACUCAAAGGUAAAAUCCAGCUGCGCUUUCCCUCCGUUGGAGGGAUCACUUUCGAGGGCCUUUUUGUAAGAAAGAUUUCACAGAGACACUAGUUAGUUGUCUGCGUCGAACAGAGCCGAGAGGGCAUUCACCUUUAGGUAGCAAAGACGUCACUUCAUUCCGUUCAUUACAAUGGGCACCUUUUGACACCAGCGAUACAUUUCACGAAACGCCAAAGUGGUUUUCUUUCUACUGAAGACAAAUUUCCAAGAAGUUAUAUUGCUUUUAGGUUGUCAGGUGUAAGCAGCGACGUUUGCUACAGCUUUGCUGGCCGUGUAAGAAGGUAUUUACUGUAUGAUCAAGAACAGAUUGGAAACGGACAAUCCGAUCAAAUAUCGGUGAAAAUUUGCACACUUCUAUCACGUAGCUUUAGAACGACGAUGGACUUGAGGUUGUGAUGAGAAGAAGAACGUCAAGCCAGUGAUCGGCGGAAACCAAAAUUGCAUCGAGAUGCGCGUGUGUGUGCUAGAGCAGGAAGUAAGGUCGUUGAGUGUUACAAAAACUCCGGAACAGGUGCGACAAAAGACGUUACGUCUGUACGAUAAGGCAGCGAAGUACGCUCGUGACCAGGGCUGUGGUCUUCUACUUUGUCCUGAGCUCGGUCUUUACAUAGGGCUCACAGCCGAGCAGCAACUUCGUAUCGCGGAACCCGUUGGCAAGUUAAAUACGGAACCUCUGAAUGAAAGUCAGCCAGCUUUAGCAGCUUUAGCUCAAACUGCUCGUAAUAAUGGGUUAUAUUUGGUGUGCUCGGUCAUUGAACGAGACGACGCUUUCUACAAUACCACCGUUAUCCUGGAUCCCCAUGGAAAAGUGAUAGGCAAGCAUCGAAAGAUGCAUCUGUACCUUGAGGCAGGACUGAUUCCAUCUCACGAGAAACCGCGCAAAGUGUACAUUCCAAACAUUGGACAAGUCGAAAUCAUUACAUGCUUCGAUGUGUUUUUUGCCGAAGCUAAUCAGGAGUGUAAUAGUGAUUUGGUUUUGUGGCUUACACACUGGUAUGAUGAGACACCAAAUUUAACGGUUCUCAGUACCGCACGCGCCUGGGCAAUCUCAAACCGUACCCCAAUGGUGGUGUGCAACGCACGCAAUUUACGUGAAGGAACUCUUGGUGCCGGCCUCUUCUUUCCCGAUGGUUCAGGGCAGUAUACAAUGUCGUUUAGUGAAGAACGUGAGGCCUUGCACGUGUUCGACCUUAAAUCAACUUCGUCCGCGCUAAUCAGAAAUCCAAAAGAUAUAGUGACACCAAGUUCGGUUUAUCAGCCCAUCGCUACGGACCUUUCGCGUUUUAAUAAGGUGCCGUUGCUUCAGACGUGUGGAACUGUUCGAUUUAAUCUGCUAACUAUCUCUUGCCGAGUAAGAUACGAACUUCGGUGUCCUUCCAAGAACAUUUUGUACUCAAUGUUCGCUGCGGAAGGAACGCGUGGAUUCGGAAAUGGAGAUUGUCUUUAUCUACAGGAACUGUACGUGAUAGCUGUUGACAAGGAGACCCGACAGCCAUCUUUGCACAGUGGUUCGCCAUUUCGUACCCUGAGUAUAAGGAUCGACGUCAAAGAUGAUUGUCGGCCUCAGAAAGCGUUCCCGUUUGUUAUCGGAGACUACCUGUCCUUAGUGGAUUCUUCAAAAUGGCAAUUUAAUCGAGAUAAGGUAGAACUGAAGUUGGAAGGUCUUGAGGUGGCGUGCGCUGGUAUGUUCCGAAGAGUCUUCAGCAAAGACAUUCCUAGGUAUGUUCGUAAGAGAAGCCUUACGUUUUAAGUAAUCGAACUAGGAAGUUCUAGAAACCACUUUUAUAUUAGGUUUAUAAAGAAAAUGAUGUGGGCCGUGAAAGGAAUAGAUAAAAGGCAUUAUUCGAAUUUCGCAACUUUUUGUUACGUUAAUAGGAAAUUAGCAUGGCGUUAACUGAAUAUCUACCUAGAUGGAGAAAAUUCGAAACUGUACCACAGUUCUUUUAACGAAUCCUCCAAGAAAUUAUGUGUGUCACCUUCUUGAUCCCUUCUUCGAUAAUAGUUUCACGUGAUAAAAAUUAGGUUAAGUUGUUGUUAAGUAAAAUAUGGUCGAAAUCCAAUUCAUAGUAAGGGUUGCAUAGCGAAUAUUCAGUACGUCAAGCAAUUUAACAGGCUGUAAUGAAUGGUCAAAUUCACAAAAAUUCGUUUUACUAAUUAUAAUCCUUAGUUCAUGGACGUCUGAUGAGAUCGAUAAACUCUAGUGCUCCAUCUUAAAUAAAGGAAAAGCACCUCUCUCUGUAAAUGAUUCACAUUUACUUAACUGAAAUGAGUUGUUUGGUUUUGUUUUUCUAUUUAAAGUCAAACUAGGUUGGACCAUAGUGAAACUAUUCGAUUUCUUCUAAAUAUGGGAUAUUAUGGUCUUGUGAUUUGAGGUCGCGUGAAAAGAUAUCGCUUUAUACCAAACAUAAGCUAUCUACAAAAACUCCAUUGAGAGUUUUUUUUUUUUAGAGUUUACCAUAAAUCUUACAGCAAUUCUCUGUGGGCUACUAUAUAAAUCAUAUACAAUUACAUAGAUUUACAAGAUGGAUCUGCACGAUGGGACUUACGAAUAUACACCGUCAUAUUUAUUCGCAUAUAACCGUAUAAUGAUAUUUCGUUACCUUCAGCCAUUGUAUUUAUUUGUACUGUACAAUGUGAACAAAAUAAAACAGCAGUGUUAAAUGCUUUGUCAAAUAUUUUCUUUGUAUACUAAUUAAGGGGAGAAACGAAGGGUCUAAUCUUCUCCGCCAAGAGUCUAGUUGAGUUGUGUAUUGACAGAAGUGAUCCGGGUCCGUUGAUCUGGUAGUACACGCCACUUCCUUUUGCUAAUCAAUAACACUAUUGAAAAACGAUAUGCAUUGAUUAAAAAGAGGAAUUAAGUAUUAGUAGAUAAUGCUCCCAGCGGAAUCAAGUCCAGCCGUUGGGGUUGAGCCCCACUUUUGGCUUACAUGAAAUGGGCUUUGUUACGGUGGUGUCCGAUUAUACAGACAGAGCAGUACUGCUCAAUCUUCUUUUGAAAAAAAAAUUUGCCUAUUGUCAAAAGUGUUAUCUAUAUUAGUAUCGCAUACGCUGAUGUCCUGAUCGCAUUUAGAUAUAUGGUCUCGCUCGCCCAGCAGCUGGCGUUUGCCCUCAGAUUCACACUUGUAGAUUAAUCCCUUACGGCCCGUAUCUUAUUAUUGAUUUAAAAAAUGCGUAAAGAGUUUUUUCAUCCGGAAAAGGGCCACUUCUGGUAUGUUCAAUGUACAAUCAUUUUUUAUACAUUUGGAAUGAUGAAUUGCACGUCGCCAUUGUGCACUGAACAUGACUUUCAGUAAUACUGAAUCGUUCCCACUAAAUGUGCUUCCUUAAUUAUGAAAUCCCUUAACUGAUCACUUAAUUAAUUAAGUGAUCGACUAACGGCACAGAAUUUCAUGGGAAGUUCUGAACACGGAAA